AUGAAUUUGUUUCGGACAAAGUAUGGAAAAAUGUGUUACAAAUGCAUUUAAGAGCAACUGAUCAAGCAAAAUUAAGAAAAAUGCCUGAAAUUCUUACAAAACUUGGUGUUUUUGUAUGCCAGGUUAUUAAGGCUGUUCUCAUUGCUCAAGACAAAAAAAAGUAUAUGCAAAUUGUUAUCAAAAAAUGUGAUGAAUACACUAUCGAUCUGGAAAUCCCUACUAAACUUGGAAUAGUAAAGUUGUUACUGGUACAAGAACUUUUAGAUU